ACCCUUCCAAAGUCUACUAGUCUACUAUUCCACUACCCAACGAGCAACAAUGAGUCUGAAGAUUGUGACAGUCCUGGUGCUGGUGGCGGUGACGGCCGAGCCGAGCAGCGGCCAGGCCCAGAUGUUCUGCGGCAGGAAGCUGGCUGACACCCUCGGUAUGUUGUGCGAGAAUGGCCUGCUAUUAGAGAAGAAGUCAGCUCCGUCCUACAACUCCAUAUACGGCGAGGAUCUGCCCAAGUACGGCUGGCCCUGGAUGUCGAAGCACAGGGCCCAGGCCCUCGAGAUGCCCUCAAGAGGUAAGCGCCAUGUGGUCGACGAGUGCUGCCUCAAGCCCUGCACCAUCGACGAGCUACUCACCUACUGUGCCUAGAUCCACGACUGAUGACUUGUGAAUUAUGAAAAUGGAUUUGAAUUGCAUAAUGUUACCGAAUUUAUUUAUUGGAUAGCUAGCUAGGAUGUAAGUUUUAAUUGUAAUUAAAUUAUACACUUUUAAGUAUAUAAAAUUGGAUACCAAUGUACAGUUUAUUAUUUUAUUAGUCAUUAACAUUACACAGCUUUGCCAAGAGAUGUCUUUGUCUAUUUAUUGGAAAAUUACGAGUAAUGUCUACGGAUAUGAAAAUAGAUAGUUUACAAUUGUUGUAUUAAUAAAUUUAUUGUUACUCUACAAUGUAUUGUUGAUUUUGUAUAUUAAAUUUGGUGUGUUUCAAUAUCAAAAGUAAUUUGAAAUAUGAAACUCUGUUUAAAUUUUCGAUUUGAUUUCGCCAACAAAUUCCAUAGCAUAAAUGAGCAUUAAAAUAGCACUUUUUUAUCUGCAAAAUCCAGGGUGUAGGUAGAGUCUGAUUAAAUGUACCUAUGACCAUGACGUAGGGUUUGAGACACUUCUAAGAUAUAGUCCUAAUGACACC